GGCCUCUCACGACACUGUAAUGAAGUGAUGUUAUGAUACAAAAAACCUAAAAGGAACUAUCUGCCAAAUUUCCUUGUUGUUUCUUCAUUUUUAUUUUGUAUGCCGUAGAAGAUGAAAGGGAUAAUAAUGGCUAACGUUCUACAUCGACUUAUCUCCGUUUGCAUUCUUACAAGAAUAGCAUUUUGCCAACAAGCAGAUGUAAGGUUACAGAAUGGACUGACACCAAAAGAGGGUAGGGUUGAGGUUCGCAUCAACGGAACUUGGGGUACACUCUGUGACGACAGCUUUGACGUCAACGACGCUCACGUAAUCUGCCGAAGCAUGGGCUUAACUGGGGCACUUGGUAUGACAUCGCUCUCGGAGUUUGGACCGAGUUCUUUGAAGGUCCACCCGGUUGAUCUGCAGUGCACCGGGGAGGAAUCCAAUUUCUCAGAAUGUCACGUAAAUAAUCUAGAACAUCAACCAGAGAGAUGCAACUCAACUUUAAAAGAGGCCGGUGUGAGAUGCUCAGAUUGUCGGGAUGUCAGUCCUCGUUGUAAAGAAUGGGUCAGCCAAGGAGCAUGCGAAUCUUACGCAGGAGAAAUUCAACAUGUUUGUCAGAGUAGUUGCGACCAGUGUGCACUUUUCAACCUAAACGAUACAGCAACAUCGAUUCCUGGGGAAGAAACAUGUAUGACAGGUCAAUGCUUUCUCGAUUCCAAUAAUGACACUAAGUGCAUACCAGCUGUUGAUGUUUGUGUGACAAUAGGAUGGUACCAAGGGAUCAUAUGUUUACCUACUCCUGUUGAACCAGCUCCAUCUGUCCUGCGAUGCAUGAAUGUGUCCACUGAACGCACAAGAUCGACGCUAUCUGCUACCAGAUUAAUAGAUGACUUCAGAAUAAAGACAUGGCAACUGCCUCAGAGAUCGAAGGAAAUUGAUCGAGAUUUAGAAAUGAUUUUUGAAAAAUUCGCUGUUAUCUACUCGUACAUCCAGCAUUACAAUAUAGAAUUUCUUCCUGAACACCUAUUGAACCGACAGAGACAAGCUACACUCGUAUAUAUAUGGGGUGUGAGUGUGACCUCUAUCGACGAUAAUGCUUUUAGUGCAUUUCCGAGUCUCCAUACGCUACUCUUAGGAGAAAACAAGCUUAAAGAGAUCAGGAAUACAGCGUUCACUGGUUUACAAAGGUUGGAAUAUAUUAAUCUUCAGUUUAACGAGAUAUCUUCGAUUGAAAAUGGUACAUUCGCCCAUUUGGACAGUCUUUUCUUCUUGUGAGUAUUCAUCUUUUAGAAAGUACUAAUUCAGUAGAAUCACAUAAUUAUACACUGCAAAAAAACCCCGGUGUUAAUUUAACACCAACCUGGUAUAUAUAUCGGGAAACACCAGAGAGGUGUUGAAACAAUACCUGUUUGGCGUUUGGCUAUUAAACACGAUAUAGGCAUUAAAGAGGGUGGAUAGUUUUGGUAAUUCCUCAAAAUCGGCAUGUCACCAUUCUAAUUAAUUUGUAUAUUAUAUGAAUGUGUAUGUCCUAAAACAGUCAUGAUGUGGAUGAUAUGAAAUGAAAAGGUGUUUUUCAUGAUAAAUUAUGCUCUUACAUGUGUGGAUUUUACCUUGCCGGGAUACCCAGCUUUUUGAAACGUAGCUGCAUGCAGACACUCAAAGUGCGCACCACCGCCUCUGCCGUGCGUGUGCUACGCGAGAACGAUAAUGUAGUCCUCGCUACACAAUUGCGUUGUCAAUCAGUUUUACCAUAGAGCUAUUACGGGCUAUUACAGCUCUAUGGUUUUACGAAGCUCAUAGUCGUAGAUACAUUGCCGUUUCCAGACUUUCCUUGCAUGAUUGCAUCACAUUACAACGAACGGCAGAGCAGACUUUAGAUCUAAACAGCCUUGAUCGAUAUUAGGAGUACGUACCUCAUUCCUACCUUCCUUGAAGUUUGAACUUGCCCUUGGCUGGGGGCCGCUUGCAUAUAACAAACCUCGACCGUCCCAUCUUCCCCAUUAAAAAAAUGCAACCACGAUAUUAGCUGUUGCAAAUAAGUAUCUGCUCUCUGAUUGCUAAUAUAACACUGGAACAAUUUAUAAAUCAGAAUGAAUAUAACGUACAGCACAGAAUUAGAGUUGGAAAAACUUCUUUUUUUGGUUCUUCUCCGACUUCCCGCGUAUUAGCCUCAGCUCAUGUUGUUUCAGGUCGACAAAAAGUUUUAUUUUACGAUUCUAAUGAUUC